AUGUUUACGAGAUCUUUCGAACUGGAUACUACCGCAGAGUGUGCAAAUUCAAGCACUUUGACUUUACUCGGGCACAUGUUGUGCCAACUAAGGGAAAACGGAAUCCGUAUCUCGAAAAAAAGACCAAGAUUCGCUAAAAAUAAUCGAGAUAAAGACAAGGAAGGAUUAGAGAACACAAAACUGGAGAUUAAAUUCUCUAUCCACAAGAAAACACUCAAUUAUACGGAAGUGUUGAUAAACUAUCAGAGUUUUUCCAGGUUGUGUUCCAGGGUGAGAGGUGAGGCAACCAGCAUAAAGCCGGUAUGUAUGAAGAGGGGAGAUAGCCGUCCAGUACGAGGGCGAAGGAGCAACUUUGCUUCACCAAGUGAGCGAGUGAGAAGCAGGACGAGAGAGCACUCGCUAGUUAGAGUACUCGUAUUCGAGGGAAGGCCAGAGCCAGAGCCAGAGCCAGAGUCUACGAGAGAUUUCCUCUUCCCUACAUCCCAUCAGCAUUCUGGUACCACCCCUAGCGACAAUAAACUCUCAAGUUUGUCUCCAGCACUUGUUUCGUUCCACCAGCUUUUGAAUAAUCUACAGAGUAGUGUCAAAUGCACUUAUAUACAUCGGAUGAAUAUCGGUAGGCCAGUUGGACAACUGGAUCCAGCUGAAGAUUUAAAACAAAAAGCACCAGUAGUAAAAAUAUAA